AUGUCCCUCCUCCGCCUCACCCGCCAACUCCCCUCCAUCACCCGGACCACCACCAGCAGCACCCGCAGCUUCACCGUAGCCGCCCGCCGUAUGGCCGAGGGCGACGCAGGCGCCACCCGCUCCGGCGGUGCAGCCCAAGGCGACGCCUUCACCAAGCGCGAGCAAGCAAGCGAGGACUUCAGCAUCCGACAGCGUGAGAAGGAAAAGCUCGAGGCGUUGAAGCGCAAGGUCGCGGAGGUAGAAAGGAAGGAAGGGUACAGACACACAAAGGUCAACAGCGGCCGUGACGAAGGGGCGCCAUGUACAUGCCUGCAUACACGGGGAAGCAGAAACGAGAUGGUGACUGUGGGCGAGCGGGGAUGA